CUCGAGCCGGGAGAUCCAACUCCCCCCAUCCCCUUCGGCCCCAGACGCGCGUGCGCCGAGCACGCAGUUGGCGCUUUCGGGCCCCCCACUCUCUGUCCCCUCUUUCCUCUUCCCGUGUCCCCCUCUUUUUUUCAACCCCGCCGCACCUUCUGGCAGUGCUCCCUAGCUCCCUUUCCUCCGGUACUCCGACUAGGAGUGCCCAGUUUUUACAGCUACAAGGGCUGGAGGAGUUCUGUCUCCUGCCUAUAUGAACCCAAUAGCAAUGGCCAGAUCCAGGGGUCCAAUCCAGUCUUCAGGGCCAACAAUCCAAGAUUAUCUGAAUCGACCAAGGCCUACCUGGGAAGAAGUGAAAGAACAACUAGAGAAGAAAAAGAAAGGCUCCAAGGCAUUGGCUGAAUUUGAAGAAAAAAUGAAUGAGAACUGGAAGAAAGAACUAGAAAAACACAGGGAGAAAUUAUUAAGUGGAAGUGAGAGCUCAUCCAAAAAAAAGCAGAGAAAGAAAAAAGAAAAGAAGAAAUCUGGUAGGUAUUCAUCUUCUUCUUCAUCAAGCUCUGAUUCUUCCAGCAGUUCUUCGGAUUCUGAAGAUGAGGAUAAAAAACAAGGAAAAAGAAAAAAGAAAAAGAAGAAUCGUUCACAUAAAUCUUCUGAAAGCUCCAUGUCAGAAACUGAAUCGGACAGUAAGGAUAGUUUAAAAAAGAAAAAGAAGUCAAAGGAUGCAACUGAGAAAGACAAGGACAUUAAAGGACUCAGCAAAAAAAGAAAGAUGUAUCCUGAAGAUAAACCUUUAUCAUCUGAGUCCUUAUCAGAAUCAGAUUACAUUGAAGAAGUACGAGCAAAAAAGAAGAAAAGCAGUGAAGAACGAGAAAAAGUAAUAGAAAAAACAAAAAAGAAAAAGAAGCAUAAGAAACACAGUAAGAAGAAGAAAAAGAAGGCUGCUAGUUCAAGUCCCGACUCGCCAUAAUAUUAAGAAAAAUCAGGAUUCCUUUAUAAAGAAAGUGCAAUGUCUAAGGAAAUCUCAACUGUGAAAAUUAUGACAUAAUUACUAAAAUGCAUGAAUUUUCUUGUUUUUAGAAUUAUUACUGGACUAUUCAGUAGCCACUUGGAUGCCUCUGUGUGAAAGGGCCAUAAUUGUUGCCUGCUGCUUGAACAUCAGUUUUUUCUCUUCCAGUGCUUAACAACUCUGGGAGAUAAUACAUUGCAGUUGUGCUAGUGGUUAAGAUAUUUGGGGAUAAAGUUAAUAUUUUUGACUUGAAGUAUCUAAUGAUAAAUCAACAGAAAUCGAAUCUGGAUAUAUCAUUAAGAUGUAAUUAGAAAUGACCAGAUGACUCGAGUUAACAUUUUGGAAAUAGGGAUUACAUUGAUAUUUCAAAAUCCUUAUUCUGUAGAUAAGUGUAUUUUAAUUUUUUCCCCUUAUAUACUUUUAUUUACCCGGGGAAGGAGCUUUUAGGGUUGGGGGGGGUGGUUUGCUAUCUCUUUAGCUAGCAGAAUAGCGUGCCUUUUAUCCUCACACAUCCUAUUUUUGUGGACACAGUAGCCAUGCUUCACGGGGAGGUCAGAGCUGGUACAGCAGUCUUGCCCUUAGACAUCCUUGGACUCUUGUCAUUUGCUGCUUUAAGUGAACCAGAGUAACAGCCUUUUGCAGCACGACAAAGCCCCCAAAAGCUCUGGGAUUUACCUCCACUUCAAUAAUACUGAAUGUUUUUUAGCAUUAGAAUGUGUUAUAACAUUUGAAUUAAUUUUGACUACACUUUGGCUUUGGAGAGGAAUCAUUUCCAAUAGACACUGGUACUUUUUGAACUUGAUAGCUAAAGAUUCUAAAAUGCAUGUUUUAUACUGUUAGUUUUAACCAGUCAGGAAAAUUUUAUGUAACCAGUGAUAGUUAUUUUAUUUUUGUAUGAAUUUUGUUUAGGCUGCAGUGUUUAGCUUUUAUUAACUCCUUAUUCUUGCUAUCUUAAAUUCCAUACUGUGUUUAAUGGCAUACUUGCCAAGAUACUUAGCAUGUAAAAAAAAAAAAGCAGACUUCUAAUUUUUUUUUUUUUUUUCCAAACAGCUUCAUAUUGAAGCUGAGUCUUACCAUAAACAAGUUGAGUGGCAGGCCUGGUAUGCUGUGUCUUGUUACAUAAAGCUAUUGCCAGAAUCUUAGUAAAUAUAACAUUUUAGAAAUUUGUCUUUGUAUAUUCAUAACAAAUUAUGACAAGUUAAGUGAGAAUUACAUUAUUGCUCUUCCUGUCAUAUUUUACUAAGAUUUUGUGCCUCAUAUCUACUGCUGAAUUGUUUACUAGUAACGUUAAAAGGAAUUGAUAAAUCAUUUUCACUUUACAUUUUUAUAUAAUCAGGUAACAUGAAAUAUAAUUUGAUGUACAAUUUUGCCUGUUUCAGAGGGUGUGCUAAUUAUAGUGGUAUAUGCACAAAACAUUUUGGCAUGACAAGAGGCUGAAUAAAUAGCUAUUUUACUUAAAAAUAGCUGUGUUCUUAUCAGCUCCCUUUGAGUUGCAAAUAAAGUUAUAAAGAUUAAGAAACACUACUAGGGGUUCAAUGGUAGGUGGAUAAGACAUAUCCCCAAAUUUUUAGCUGUAAAAAUUAUUUAUUUCUUGAUAAACUUCCUUAAAUUUUUAUGCUUAAAGCUUCAUACUCUUUCCUAAUAAAAGAUAUGUAGGGGCACCUAGGUGGCUCAGUCAGUUAAGCAUCCAACUCUUGGUUUCGGCUCAGGUCAUGAUCUUGAAAUUGUGAGAUUGAGACCCAUGUUAGGCUCUGUGCUGACAGCGCAGAGCCUGCUUGGGAUUCUCUCUCUCCCUUCUCUUUCUGCCCUCUCUCUCUCUCUCAAAUAAAUAAACUUAAAGAAAUAAAUAAAAGAUAUGUAUAUGCUCUUGAGUACACAGUAAGUUUUGAGGAACAUUUUUUUAUCUGAAAGGAAGUUUCUUAGAAUCGUUCAAGAAAAUGCUAAAAGAUAAGUUUAUCAGUUUAUUUGGUGAUCAGUUUUGGUAUGAGCACACUGGUCCAGAAUGUGAUGAUUAUAUCAAAUUAGAAAGCAACGGUUAUUAGACUGAGGAAUAAGGUGACCUGGCAAAAAAACUGUUCUUUCCAGGCUGUGUUGACUGUCUGCAAAACACCUUUUUCAUUGCUGCUGUGAUGGUAGCCUUAAUAGUCUUCUUUCUAAUAAGCUAUGGGAAGAAAAUUUGAUAGAGUAAUGUUAUGUGCAAGUCCCUAACAUUUCUUACUUCUUCCUUCCACCAAACCGCCCUUUUUCUUGAAUACUUUUAUACCAGUUUUAUAAACACAGGGCAUGUUAUCUGGAUAAUGAUGCCAAGGUAACUGCAACAAAAUUGAUGAGUGUCUGAAUUGAAAAAUUGAAUUUAUACCAGUA